AUGGGCAUGGAGGGCAUGGAGGGCAUGGAGGGCAUGGAGGGCAUGGAGGGCAUGGAGGGCAUGGAGGGCAUGGAGGGCAUGGAGAGAGCAUGGUAG